AUGCAUCUGUCACCGGAUACCAUGAACAUGGUGGACGAUGGCUGCCUCUCCACAGAAAACUACCAUGACCUGGGCAAAGGUGGCGUUUCGGGCAUGGGCGGCCGCGUCCACAGCAUCGACGUCAUUCUGGGCUUCAGUAAAGACCAGGAUCCUCUGCUGGAGACCAUCGGGACGCAUAAAGUGGACGGAGACCAGCUGGAAGAACAGGAGAAACAAGUGAACGCUGAUCCUUACAGUCACCUGCAGAUCUCAGACCAGACCCAGCAGCAGCCGGUGUACCACGACACCGGACUUUUCUCCACGGAGAAGUGCGAUGCAGAUUUGGGAGACCUGCGGAGCAACGUGGAGAGUGACAGCCGUUCCCCGGACGUCCCAGAUGAGGAUCAGCCGAAAAAAAAGCAUAGGCGCAACAGAACCACCUUCACCACCUAUCAGCUACACGAGCUGGAGCGCGCCUUUGAGAAAUCCCACUAUCCGGACGUGUACAGCCGAGAAGAGCUGGCCAUGAAAGUCAACCUGCCCGAAGUUCGAGUUCAGGUGUGGUUCCAAAAUCGGCGCGCAAAAUGGCGAAGACAAGAAAAAAUGGACACUGGCACCAUGAAGCUCCACGACUCGCCCAUUCGGUCCUUCAACCGACCUCCAAUGGCACCAAAUGUGGGUCCUAUGACUAACUCUCUCCCGCUGGACCCCUGGCUGUCCUCGCCACUGUCCAGUGCCACACCAAUGCACAGCAUCCCAGGGUUUAUGGGUCCCGGACAGAGCCUCCAACCCACCUAUACUGCCCAUCCCGGAUUCCUCAACACGUCUCCAGGCAUGAUGCAGAAUAUGCAGCCAAUGCCACCACCGCCCUACCAAUGCCAACCGGUGUUUAAUGAUAAAUACCCGCUGGAAGACGUCGACCGCAGCUCCAGUAUCGCAGCUUUGAGGAUGAAAGCCAAGGAGCACAUUCAGUCCAUGGAUAAAACCUGGCAACCCAUGUAA